AUGAGGAGAAGCAGGGGGUCUCCGGCCGUCGGUCGCCGCCUGGCCUUGCUGGUGGUUCUCUCUCUUCACCUGAUGUUAUCCUCCGCAUUCCAAUCCGAUGAGCUUAUCCAGGACGACGAGGAAUUUGGAUUGGAAGGCGGACGAAUUCCUGAUCGCGAGAUUUCAACCCCAGUCCGGGCCGCUCCUCGGGUAAAAACUAGUGGAGAUGUUUCUUCCCCAACGGACGCGAAGUCCGUUCAGAUCACCCUCGAGCAUGCCUUCGGGGACUCGGAUUUUUCUCCUGCAGGGAUCUUUACUGCCCGGCUCAAGUCCUCCAACCACGGCGGGCAGGUCAAAUUGCUGUCGAAAUUGAUGCCCACCACGUUUUUUUCAUGCAAUAAUUUUUAAAAUACUUGGGAGCAUUGGUUUUUCUUGUUGUCUUAAUAGAAGCAAUUGGAUACUCUCCUGUCUGGCUUUCUGUGAACCGGAGGUGGUCAAGUGCUUGCACUUCUUCUCGCCAGUUGCUCCGUGUUACCGUAGUUUUCAGGGAAAUUUGUUUCCUAUUUUUCUGAUCUUAUUUAUCCAUAGUUGUUUGUUAGCUUUGAUCUCACCCCCUGCAUAUGAUUCCGUCGAGCUCUUUUGCCUAGCUACCUCUGUCUAUUGUUUUCUCUAUUCAAUUGGGUUUUUUUAUUUAUUUUUUCAGACACUGACUAAGCUUCGCUUUAGGAGGGAUGCAUUGACGGACUUAGAGAAGAAAGCUUUUGAAGUAUCUUCUUCAUUUUACCCUUUACAUCAUUUUAUUGGCAUCUGUUUUUGUGCUGUGGAAUAGAAACUUGAAGAUCUUAGUCUCUUUUUUGCAGAGGAUUUUGAGAAACGAUGAUUUCUACACGAUCCGAUUGCCUUCGAAUGUGUUGAAUCCUCCUGGGAGAGAAUAUGUCAUUUCUUCUGUCAGAGCUGUAAGCAAUUCAUCACGUUUGGCGGUUUUUAUUUUUUCCUUCUUUCAUCAUCAUAUUUUUGCUAAAGUCAUGGUGUUAUUCUUGGUGAAGGUCAACUCAGUAAACAAAGAACAUUUCUAUAAAUAGCUCUUAUGAGUUGAGGAGACUGAUUUUAAACCGUCAAUGCAUCACUUACAAUAUGGUUUACAGUAUUUGUGUGUCCUAACUGCUAUUUCAUUUUUUAUUUUCAUUUCAGAGGUGCCUUCCAAGGGAGAGUCUUGAUGAACAUUUUGUAAUUAACAUGGUAAUGCCUAGCUAAGCUUUUUAAGGUUUUCAUUUUCGCUUUGAGUAGUAUAUCUGGCUCGUAGAAUGUCGUCCUUUCGGUUAAGACAUCCACCAUUUACAGAACCACUGUGGAAAAAUAAUCAAAAGCAUCCAUGUGGCAAUGUUUUUUUUUAGUGUAUAACAGAGACUCCCUCGACUUAUUUUGGAAAUGCGAAACAUGUGUUAGUCUUCCUACUAUAGUUAAAAAUAUUUUUUCCUAUAAUAACAUUUUUGUGGCAAUUUUUUAAUUGAAACUAGUUGUACUCUCUUUUAAUUACCACUUUAUUUUCAGGAAGGUGUAAAUAUUUUGUCUGUGACUUAUGGUUCUACUCGAAUGUGCCAAUAUCCAAGGUUGUUAGAAUAUGUAAGUUGUUCUUAACUUCUCUUUUUUGUUGUGAACUGGAAACAAUUUAGUUCAAACUAUUUUGAUUAUUUUAUUCUCCCUUUUUUGUUUCUGCUAUUUUUAUGUCAUGAUGUCGAUUUCCAGGCUGCAAUAUUCUUGUGUUAUGUUCUCAAAGCGCUCACACAUUUAUAUGUUAAUGUACAUAUAACUACGAAAGUGCUAAAAUUCAUCUUGAUUUCAGCCAACAAAGUGGGUUUUCAACUCUCGCACGGUUCUAAAGAGUGGUGAACUUGCGCAAAGGUGAAAUAAUGUUUCCAGAUAUUUAGUUUCUUGGUUAUUGUGUAUUUGAGCAUAUAGUUAUUAUCAAAUAAAUGCUCUUCCCUUCUUUUCAACACAUACAAUCUGAUGCAGAUAUUAUACAUAUUUAAAUUUCCCUGGCCUAUGUGCAGUAUUGACAGACAUUUAGUUCUUUUGUAUGCAGAAGACCAACAUUUGCCGAAGAAGUGCUUGCUGCUGAGAGUGCAGAAGGCGAAGGUGUGAAGCCUCCAGAGAAAUCCUUCUGGGCUAAAUAUGUAAGCAAUUCUAGUUAUCAUCUAUAUGACACUGUUUUAUUACGCUGGAUGGUGACUUUCAUGCAAUCAUUCUUUAUGAAAAGAAUGUUAUGAUACAAGCUUACUUAUUCUAAAUUCGCGGACCGUUGGUAUUUCUCAAAAAAUCCAUAUUAAGUUGAUGGUUCUUUGUUAUGCAUUUUUUGAAGCCCAACUAUAUAGAGUUAGGGGAUUAUUCAUCAAUUUUUUCCCUAAAAAACAACUUCUUUGGUGUUAACUUUAAGGUAAAAACGUACAUCCUUAAAAUUUGCCUCUUAAGAACCAGGAAUCCUGAUGGUGUUUGCCGCAGAUCUCUGUCUAAAAUUGAAUAUUGUCUAUGAAAACCAAAUUAGGUCCUACCUCUCUUAAGCCCACCCUCGCCCAAAGUCUGGCCACUGUUGGUACUUCUGAUGAGCCACUGCUGGUUGUGGUCAUGUUUCGUAUGCUUAGAUCUGGUGAGGAAAAGAUGAAAUAUGAGGUAGAAGGGGAGAAAAUGAGCGAAGGGUUUCAGUGUCUAGAGGAGCGGUUCAGAAGUCCAAAAGUCAGUAGCGGUUUUUCUCAUUGCAUAAGCUAUCAGAGAGGAGGAAGAGGAACAAUGAGAAAGAAGGAAAUUCCAAAUUCCUUGAAUAUUAGGUGACUAAAAGAAUGUUGUGGAUACAUGGUAGAAAUUUGACUAUUGCCUGUUUAAUUCAUAUUUUUGAAUUUUUUAGGACAUAAACCCUUAAAAUAAUUAAAAAAAUGUCCUCAUUAGUUCUCUUAAAGUAAGCAUCUUCUAUCUUGAAACUGGAAUACUGAUGGUGUUUGCUUAACUGCCUCUGAAAAUGUUGAAACUUCUAUCUCUGUUUACUUCAAAGCUUUUGCCGCUUCCCACUGGUAAUUGGUGGCUGUGUUUUGGGAUUCAUAGUACCUUGUGUUGUUUUGUGUUUUUUCUGCUGUUUAAUAUGAUAACUUACAGACCUUGACAUCUGACAUUGUUUUCCUUCUCCAGUGGAUGUAUCUGAUACCUCUUGGACUCAUUGUCAUGAAUGCCAUUACACAAGCUAUGAAUCUGCCUGAGGAGCCAGCUGCUGGGCAGACAGCUUCUCAGACGCAACAGCAGGGUGCACAGAGGGCUCCUAGCGCAGCGACAAGAAGAAGAUAA